GGUUUCCUCCCCGCCGCCGCCGCCGCCGCCGCAGACCGGCUCCCGGCUCGGCGCGGCGCGGCUCGGCCCGCUCGGCCCCGCCAUGUCGCAGGUGCUGCCCUACGGCGAGGACAAGGUGGGCCGCUACGGCGCCGAGCCCGAGGCGGGGGAGCUGCCCUUCAGCUGCCGCCUGCAGGACACCAACGCCUUCUUCGGGGGCAACCAGGGCAAGCGGCCCCCCAAGCUGGGACAGAUCGGCCGCGCCAAGAGAGUGGUGAUCGAGGAUGACCGGAUAGACGAGGUGCUCAAGGGCAUGACGGAGAAGUCGCCGCCGGGGGUGUAAGCCGGGACCCGCCGCCAGGACCCGCCGGCCGAGCCCCGCUCCAGCCCGCCGCCCCACAUGCUGGCUGGACCGCCGACGAGGAGGGGGAGGCCAUGCCCGCUGCCCCCCCCGGCCCGUGGGGGGGCCCUGCAGCUACCACCACCCCCCCCCCCGAGCCAUGCACUUUACCCCUCCGCCUCCCCCGGGGCCGGGACAAACCGCCGAGCCCCCCACCCUGGGUGAAGACCCCCUUCCCCGGGGAAGGGGUCCAGCCCCCUGCUCCGCGGCGCAUCCCCCCAAUCCUCCUUGGCGGAGGGUCCCCGAAAUCCGGGGCCACCCGGCCCCACGAGCGGGGGGGGGAGCGCUGCUGUCCAGAGACAUUUUUUGCUCCAUCGUUUUUUGCAUGAGCUUGGUGGCCCGGGCGGCCGGCCCGGGGGCCGAGGGUCAGCCCCACCACUCCGGCACGCUUCUUUUUAAACAGAAACUCCUCAUAUUUGUAUUUUUAUAUCCGAAUCUUUGUUAAAAACGAUCUGCUGACGUUGAGAUGUCAAAGUAACUGCAUCGAGAAAACAAACGAAAACAACCAACCAACCAACAAAAAAAAAAGGUUCAUAUUUUUUUCCAUAAGAAAAAAAAAGACAAAAAAAGAAGAAAAAAACGAGGGCAAAAAUUGAAGGGGGGGCGAGAGUGAUGGAGGGAGCAUGAGGAAAGCCACAGGAGGAGGGAGGGGAGCAGAGACCCCUGGCCCGACCCCCCGCUGGCAGGCAGCAGGAGCACCGGAGGGUUUGGCAGCAUCACCGGCCGCUGCAGUUCCUUCCCGGCAGCACCGGGGCAGAGCCCACCGGGGCCAGCUGCAGGUGCCAGGGGGGGUCCCAGCACUGCCCCUCGCUUGAGGGUGGUGGGGUCGGGGGAGAGUGGGGAGGGCAGGGACCGGCCUGAGUCGUUGUUUUUAAUUUUAUACUUUAAUUUAAUUUUAUUUUUUAAGAAGCUUCUCGGGGGGUUCUGAUGUGCAUGAGAAACUUGUCAUCUUUUUCAAUAACCUACGAGUGGCAUUUAUGGAGACAACGACGCAAAAAAAAAAAAAAAAAAAAACCAAAAAAAAAAACUGAGGAAAAAAAGAAAAAAAAAGAAAAAAAAGAUACUUGUGUCAUGAUGUUCUACGAAUGAUCCAUUGUAAAUUUAAAUGCCAUUUUUCACUGUACUGGUGAACGAAAUGCAAUGAAUAAAAUACAUUCAUGUACCCAGGUGAA